AUGAAUAGGAUAAGAGGGGGAAUUGAAGAGAGCAAGGAGAUUAGCCCUAUGUUUCCAAGGUUGCAUGUUAAGGAUGCAGAGAAAGGAGGACCAAAAGCACCCCCUAGGAAUAAGAUGGCACUCUAUGAACAAUUCAGCAUCCCUUCUCAAAGUUUUGCAUCAGGAUCAGCGUCCUUGUUUCCACUCCCGCUCAGAAACUACACAGGUCCUCCAUCAUCAAGCCAUAUCAGUUGCAACCAAAGCAUCCAAUUCACCUCCAAUGCACCUUCUAUUUUGGCUGAGAAGGGUCAACCUUACAAUUCCAGAAGGACUAACUUAACCAAAUACACGCAAGACAAUUUCAUCAACAGCAGUAAGAAUCCUCUGAAAGAACUUGAUGGUGAAGAUGUUUUUAUAACUUCUCGUUCUGCAAACGGAAAAAGCUCAUGCUUUAGCAUCAUCCAAAAUAAUAAAGAUGAAGACAAACUUGCUGGUUGUAAUUUGAGCUGCUCCUUUAAAAGUAUGAAUUCAUUUAGAAAGAAGGUGAAUUCACCUGCGGUUGUAGACCUGAAGUCAGCACAAUAUGGGAAGAUCCAGAUGGAGGAGCUUUCGAAAGUGAAUCAAAAUGGUCCAAAGCCAGAGGAAGUGCUCUCCUUAGAUGGUUUUGGUGAUCUGACAGAUGCAUCAUUAAUUUCAUUGGUGAAAUGUAGGGAUUCUAAAUCAUCGAAUAAAGAACAUAGAUCUUCAAAGGAUGAAAUUAGAAGUAUUUCAGUAGAUAGCUUGAAAACGUUGCAAGGUAGCAGUGUCCAUACACAUGAAGAACAUGCAGCUUUUGGGGACAAAAUCAACUCAAGGGACCGUCACAUUGAGAAGCCAGCUGCUAGUGAUGUCCACAAAUGUUCUGGUGAGUUAGAAAUUGGUAGCAGGUUCUUCCUUGAAAAGGGAGCUGGGAAUGAAGAUGAGGAAACAUCAGUUAUGCAUAUUUCCCCAGACAAUGUUGUAGGAGCUAUAGGUGAACAGCAAUUUUGGAAAGCCAGAAGAACAAUCGUCAACCAACAGAAAAUCUUUGUCAUGCAAGUGUUUGAGUUGCAUAGACUGAUAAAGGUGCAAAGAUUAAUUGCAGGCUCACCCCAUAUAUUGCUUGUAGAUAACCUUUUACUUACCAAGCCACCACCAAAAACAUCAACAACCAAGAAAUUUCAAUCUGACUUUGAUGGCGAAAAACCAUCCUCAGUUGUUAAACUUGACAGUAAAUCCGGGAAGGCCACUACUGCUGAGAAUGCUACAAACAGUGCAGUUGGGAAGAUUCCCAUUCCUUGUGUCAACAACAUAACCAAAGGCCAUGCUAAUCAGCUGUCAAGCUAUGGACAUCAUUUAGGAAACCUUCCAAUAGCCUCCUCAGAUACAAAUUCCAAACAGUCCCCAAGCUAUGUCUACCCCCCACCACCAGGAAACCAGUGGCUAGUUCCUGUCAUGUCCCCAUCUGAAGGUCUAGUAUACAAACCAGUCAUAGGGCCAUGCCCUCCAAAUGCAGGCUUCAUGGCACCCAUAUACGGCACCUGUGGCUCAGUGAGCUUCAAUCCUUUAAGCAAAGAUGCAUCUUCAGAAGCAGCUCUUGCUCCAAGCUCUCACCAAAAGUUAGGAAUCCUUUCUGGUUCAUCUUUGCCCCAGUUCUUACCACCACCAUUCAUUCAUAAUCCAUCUUCUAUAGCAGCUUCAGCUGUUGAGCAAAUGGGGCAGUCCAAUGGUCCUGAAAACCACAACUCAUGUGGAGAAGUCAAUUCUGCCAUACUAUACCAAAGCUCAUCUACCAUGUCCAGUCCCACAAGCCAAGUGAUGUCAAGAAACGUAUCAACUUACCACUCACCGAAAGAUAAAGAACCACAAAGAAGCACAGCUAGCAGUCCUUCCAAGAGGAUGAGUGCUGGAGAAGUCCUUCCUUUGUUUCCUUUGGCACCAACAUUUUUGCAAUCAGAAGAUAGGAACACACAGGUUGAACUGCAGCCAAGAGUAAUCAAAGCCAUGCCUCACAAUCCAAAAUCAGCCAGUGAAUCAGCUGCAAGGAUAUUCAGGUCAAUACAAGAAGAGAGGAAACAUUUGUAA